AUGACAAAACGCACCUCCUCCUGGCAAGCUCUCUAUCGAGCACUACUUCGAUCUUCAUCGGCAUCGGUACGGUUCUCACGACCUGCAGCACGCAACACACGGCGCUAUCUACGAGACGACUUCACCGCUGCUCUCUCCCCUACCUCACUAACAAAGUCCGGCAUCGGACCGAAGACUGCCCACAAUGACAGCGCCAAACACACCAGUGCAUCAAACCAAGAUGACAACAUGCGCCGAUUGACAAGCAACACGCUCGCAUUUCACUUGUCGGCAUCGUUGUACUCCAACGUGGCUCAACAAAACCCGGAGUUGAAUGCAGCGACGAGGUCGGGGUCCCCACCAAGCCCCCCUUUGUGCGUGGGAGUAGCAGAUCAAACCCGACAACGUGCAACCAUUUCCGAAAGCGAUGGUACCUCCUCAACGCCAAGCAAAGCUGCAGGUCGCUUUGCCCACCGUAUAAUCUCCAACCUCUCCAGUCUCACCUACCACCAUCUCUCGCCACAUACCCAGAUGCAAUCGCCUCAAUCAUCCCACUUGCGCGCAAGUAGAGCUGCACUUCGCAAGCCGAAAAAACUCUCCUCUCUUGCACGUGUGCUUGGUAAACUCGACUCUCCUAUCCCUGGAGAGGAACCAGACUUGUACACUGCCUUGCAGGAGGGAAAAGGAGAAGAAGAGGCGAUGUUGAAUUUGGCACAUAUGAAACUACCCUUUUUGUUGCCAAGUCCCAAGCCGAUUAGAGGGCCGAAGGAGGCUAGGUUGAGGAUUUGGGAUGGUCAGGGUCCGGAGAAGGUUGCGUCUGAGGGGAUGUUGAGUCAGAUGCAGGAAGAUCUAGAUACAGUGGAAAGGUUAUUGGAAGAAAGCGGAAAGAAGGGAGGCGGCUGGGAUGGGGGAGGGGCAGGCAAGCAAGUUCAACAGUUGAGAGAGGAGGCAGAUGGGUUGAGGAAGAAGACUAAGGCUGCGAGCAAGGCGCUAAUGCAGGCGGAGGAGAAGAGGAAGUUGGAGGACGUGGGAGUGAAGCAUUUGGCGGAGUUGAUUGCGGCGGCACAGGACAGAGAAGGCUUGAUGCUAGGAAAAGAAAGGUGGAUGAGGAGGGCGAGGGGGGAGUAUUUGCCUCCAUAA